UCCAGCGAGCCAGCCCCGCUUGCAGCGCUCCGGACCCGGCUGGCGGCCAAAGAGCAUGGGCAGCGACCAGAGCGCGCCCGGACGGCCGUGCUGCACUGGCGGCUGCCCCAGCGGCCGAGCUUGGCUGCUCCCGCUGCUACUACUGGUGCUUCUGGACUGUCUGGGCCGCGACGCAGCGUCUGAGGACGCCGAAGUGUACGCCGCUGAGAACUGGCUGCGGCUCUAUGGCUACCUGCCACAGCCUAGCCGGCACAUGUCUACCAUGCGCUCUGCCCAGAUCCUGGCCUCUGCCCUUGCCGAGAUGCAGCGCUUCUACGGGAUCCCUGUCACCGGUGUGCUCGAUGAAGAGACAAAGGCGUGGAUGAAGCGGCCCCGCUGUGGGGUACCCGAUCAGUUUGGAGUACGGGUGAAAGCCAACCUGCGUCGGCGGAAACGUUACACCCUGACAGGAAAGACGUGGAACAGUUACCACCUAACCUUCAGCAUCCAGAACUACACGGAAAAGCUGGGCUGGUACAAUUCAAUGGAGGCGGUGCGCAGGGCUUUCCAAGUGUGGGAGCAGGUCACGCCCCUGGUCUUCCAGGAAGUGCCCUAUGAUGACAUUCGGCUACGAAGGCGAGAGGAGGCUGACAUCAUGGUACUCUUUGCCUCCCGCUUCCAUGGCGACAGUUCACCGUUUGAUGGCGUGGGUGGCUUUCUGGCCCACGCUUAUUUCCCUGGCCCUGGUAUGGGUGGGGACACCCAUUUCGACGCAGAUGAGCCCUGGACCUUCUCCAGCACUGACCUGCAUGGAAUCAGCCUCUUUCUGGUGGCCGUGCAUGAGCUGGGUCAUGCCCUGGGGCUGGAGCACUCGAGCAACCCCAGCGCCAUCAUGGCACCAUUCUAUCAGUGGAUGGACACUGACAACUUCCAGCUGCCCGAGGAUGACCUUCGGGGUAUCCAGCAGCUCUAUGGCUCCCCAGAUGGUAAGCCACAGCCCACCCGGCCUCUCCCCACUGUGAGGCCCCGGCGGCCAGGACGGCCAGACCACCAGCCACCUCGGCCUCCCCAGCCACCACAUCCAGGUGGGAAGCCAGAGAGGCCCCCCAAGCCAGGGCCCCCACCCCAGCCCCGAGCCACAGAGAGGCCUGACCAGUAUGGCCCCAACAUCUGCGAUGGCAACUUCGACACAGUGGCUGUGCUCCGUGGAGAGAUGUUUGUGUUCAAGGGCCGAUGGUUCUGGCGAGUCCGGCACAACCGUGUUCUGGACAACUAUCCCAUGCCAAUUGGCCACUUCUGGCGUGGUCUGCCCGGGAACAUCAGUGCUGCCUACGAGCGCCAGGAUGGACAUUUUGUCUUUUUCAAAGGUAACCGCUACUGGCUUUUCCGAGAAGCGAAUCUGGAGCCCGGCUACCCCCAGCCACUGAGCAGCUACGGUACAGACAUCCCCUAUGACCGCAUCGACACGGCCAUCUGGUGGGAGCCCACAGGUCACACCUUCUUCUUUCAAGCAGACAGGUACUGGCGCUUCAACGAGGAGACACAGCAUGGAGACCCUGGCUACCCCAAGCCCAUCAGUGUCUGGCAGGGAAUCCCCAACUCUCCCAAAGGAGCCUUCCUCAGCAACGAUGCAGCCUAUACCUACUUCUACAAGGGCACCAAAUACUGGAAAUUCAACAAUGAGCGCCUGCGGAUGGAACCCGGCCACCCCAAAUCCAUCCUGCGGGACUUCAUGGGCUGCCAGGAGCAUGUGGAGCCCCGACCACGAUGGCCAGAUGUGGCUCGUCCACCCUUCAACCCCAACGGGGGUGCGGAGCCUGAGGCGGAUGGUGACAGCAAGGAAGAGGAUGUGGGAGACAAGGAUGAGGGCAGCCGCGUGGUAGUGCAGAUGGAGGAGGUGGUUCGGACAGUGAAUGUGGUGGUGGUGCUGGUCCCCUUGCUGUUGUUGCUCGGCAUCCUGGGCCUGGCCUUCGCCCUGGUGCAGAUGCAGCGCAAGGGUGCGCCCCGCAUGCUGCUCUACUGCAAGCGCUCGCUGCAGGAGUGGGUGUGAUCGCAUCCCGCCCGCAGCACCCAGUGCUCAGGUCCACAGGGGGCAGGCCUGUGGUUUCCAGAUGCUCCUUAUGCCCGGGUGUCUGGCACCUUCUCUCGGAAUUUGUUUCUGCUUUCCUCACUGGGGCCAAGAGAUGCUGAGAGUUCUGAGUGGACCGCCCCACACAGGGACUAAGGGACAGAGUCUCCGGAAGGUGGCAGGGGGCUGGGAAGCUUCUUCAGCUCUGGCUCUCCUCAGCCUGAACCUCUCUCCUCCCAUGACAAGAGCUGUGUUUGCCUUGAAGGAGCCCAGCUAGGGCUCUACCCUCCUGAAUUUGCCUUAGGAAGAACAGAGGGCCCAAGGGCCACCCUGAUUACCUGGGGGCUGGGUUCCUUCUUAGGCUGCUUCUGAGAGCCUAGAAGCCUGAGAAAGCCCUCCCCAUCCUUCCCAUCCAGCAGCACCCUCUUGCCCCUGGGUCUGCAGCUUCUUUCCUCUCGGAAGGGGCCCUGAACCUGUCUCACCAAGGACCAAAGGGAGCCUGCCGAGCUCCCCUCCCUAGUGCUGGUGACUGGCUUCUACUUCCUUAGGCUGCCCACAUUCUCUUUCAUUACACCCACAGGUCUCAGGAGGCUGAGCACUCCCCCACCCUCCAGCUUCUGCUGCCCUUGUCCCAAGCCUUGGAGAAAUGGGGCUGGGAGGCACACAGACUAGGGUACCAGAAAUCCCGAGACAGUGCCUGAUGGUAUGGAUGCCCAGGAUAUCACAGACCAGGCUUAUGGGAUUCCCCACUUCCUGAUCCCUAUCCCUCUAUGACACUACUAGGCUCAGGUCAGCAGCUUAUCCCACACAGAGACUGUGGAACCCCCAGAGGAAUCUACUGUGGCCUCAGAGGUCUGUCCUAAGGGUAUAAAGGGGCCUCCCUUCCUCUUUUCGUUUUGGAGUCAGCAGGGAAAUGGGAAAUGGUACUGUACAGCUGGCUCUGUCCCCUCUGCCUCCCUAAAGCCUUGAGCAGUGAAGGGCUGUCACCCAGGAUCCUUUGGGCCACCACCUCUCUCCUAGUGUUGGAGUCUCAUAGCCUAGCGCUAGAGGUGGGGGAGGGUCACUCAUCAGACACCCCCUCUGCAGAACCUGAGAGCCAGCGGGGGUGGGGGCGACAUCCACCUCCAUCAUUGAGUUCUGUAAAUAUUCUGCACUGAUUAAAUGUACAGCAGGUGA